CCUGCCCCUUGACAUUGUUAUAAUUAGCCCUUUGGAAUAAAGUUCUGGGCCGGUGGAUGAGGAUCCGGGCUCACCGGAGGCUAUCCUGUGUUUUCUCUCUGUUUCUCUCCCCUCUUUAUUUCUACCUAAGUCUCUUAUCCCUCAUCCCUCAAGUGUCCCUGGGGUAAAUACAUGUGGGAGCUGGUCCCCCACAGCCUGGAAAGGUGGCUGACCCAUGGCAUGGAAAGUAGCAUGUUUGGAUGGACUCUCAAGCCCAGACAUCCCAGUUGGGAUCUUUAUAACCCAUCUGGCUCCUUGCUAGUAGCCUCUGGACCUCAGCCUCUCUCCAUCUCUUACCCCCCCCCCCCGCCCCCAGCUUUCAUCCAUGGCCACACCUCCAUUCCCACCCUCUCCCCUUAGUUUAUUCAUGCCAGGUGGGGACUAGAUGAAGGAAGGAGGGUGCUGAGGACAGGGACUGUGUGGCCUCCUAGAUGGCCUGACAUGUGGCCAGGUGCCACAGACUGAAGACGCAUGCUGCCCUGGAGGACCCAAGAGCUGUCUUGGCUGCUCAGCCCGACUACCCCAGGAUGCCUCCUGCCGUCCUACAUCAGCUUGUGACUGCGCCCGCCCUCGGACUCAGGCAGUUUUCACAGGAGCUUGUUGGAGGGUGGGGCUCAAGUCAAUUCAAGACAUCUCAAGCAAGCCCGGGACUCGACUCUUUCUUCCCAAGGACUGGAAUUAAGGUGAGUGGGAUACUGGUGUAGCUUGGCUGGGCGCAAGGCAGGCCGGCUUCUGAUGGCCAUGUGAUUUCCGUCCACUAGGGGGAGCCAACUGCCCAUUUCCUUGUCUCCUCUGCCCUCUCCUGUUCUCCUCUUCCUUCCAGUCUCUGUAUCUCGGGCUGGCCUUGAACUCACUGUGUAGACCAGGCUGGCUGCAGACUUGCAGCAACCCCCUGUCUAGGACUCCUGGACUGUUGGGAUUAUAGGUGUUUGUCACCACACUCAGCUGGGGUGAAGUCAUUAAAAAAUUACAUGUGGGUGUUUUGCUUGAUGUGCACCGUGUGUGCGAUGCCUUGUGGAGGCCAGAAGAGGACGUUGGAUCCCUUGGAACGGGAGUUACAAGCAGGUGUGAGCUGACACGUGAGUUCGGAACUAGCGUCCUCUGCUAGAGCAGCACGUGAUCCUAACUACUCCGCCACCUCUCCAGCCCCUGGUGUCAUCUUUCCAGCUACAAUUUCAAACAGCAAAGCUUCUGUUACUGUGGACUUGGGAGGAGUCCCCUGUGCCACUCGGGUGGUGGAGUUCUCUGGAAGGGGCUGCCUGUCAGUGGGCACAUCACUGCUGAGAAUUCUGGAGCUUCCCUGCAUCCUGCCUCUGCUGGGUCUGUCACCAGGGCCAGAAAAGGUCGGGUGGGGCUGACUGGAAGCUAUUCUACCCUCCUGGGAACAAGACCGGUUGGCAUCUACUUCUGUGCGUCAAGUGCUACACUGGCCGCUGGGAUGGACUGCAGGAGGUUCUCCUCUUCGCGGACUCAAGUUCACCUCUCCCAGGCUCCUCCCACUCCCUGCGAACUACAACUCCAUUGGUUGUGCUCUUUCUCGGGCUCUCCCUCUGAGUUGCCCUUCCCCAAUUGGUGCUCACGACCGUCCGUCAGCGCUGUUGCUAGGGAAUGGGCUGGGCGACUCGGGCAACCCUGGCGCCGUGGACGCACCGGAAGGAGCUCGGUCCCUGUGGGCCAAAGCCGAGAGCUCCAGAGGCCAGGGAAGAUGGGGAAUGCCAAGAGCCUGUCCAGCCAGAAAACGUGCUCGAAGUUCCUGCCCGAGGAGCAGGCUGAGGUGGACAGGCUGUUUGACGCCCUGUCCUCUAAUAAAGGUGGCUCCGCACCGGGAACGUUCUCUCUGGAGGCGCUGAAGAGCCAUGUCAAGGAGGCUCUUCCUCCAGAGAUGGUCACCAGGCUAUAUAACGGCAUGUGGAGGGUCCAGCUGACCCACAAGGCACACGGGGGCAGCGGGAACGUUUCCCGGGAGCAGUUCACAGUGUUCCUGUCCCACCUGGUGAAAGGGAGCUUCGAGGAGAAGGGCCAGAUGGUUAUGAAGAUGAUCUUACCUGCAGAGGGUCCUGUGAAGGCCAGAGACGUCCAGAAGUUCACAGAGGAACUGGUGGCCUCUGCGGUGCACGUGCUCACCCACCGGCAUGAGCUUCGAGGCUGGACUCGGAGGAAAUCCACGGCGUCCCCCACCAGUGUGCAGGCGAUGACGGCCCAGCUGCUCUCAGAGAUGAAGUUUCAAGAUGGCCACAAGUUUCAGGGGCCCCAGUUCCUGGACCAGGUCUGUGAGCAAACCAUGAUCGAGGACUGGGUGUUCCAUGUCCCGCACGUGGGCAUGUUUCUGGGCGUGGUCAUCCACCGGGGCCUUCGCCUCCUGAGCUCAGCCCUUGACCUUUCCACGCUGGUCCCCGAGUGCCACGCGGACCCAGGGCAGCCGCUGGAGAGCAUCCUGGACGUGCUGUCUGUCGUCUACCUCAACUCGCACCUGGCCGCCGAGCUGAGGCUCCGCUGGCGCCUGCUCUUCUCCACACAGCUCCACGGACAGAGCUUCUCUCAGCUGUGCGGCCGCAUCACACAGCGGGGGCCCUGCCUGCUCGUCCUCGAGGACAGGGACGGCCAUGUCUUCGGUGGCUUCGCCUCCUGCUCUUGGGAGGUCAAGCCUCAGUUUCAAGGGGACAAAAGAUGUUUCCUGUUCUCCAUCACCCCCAGCAUGGCCACGUACAUGCCCACGGGUUACAAUGACCACUUCAUGUACUUGAAUCACGGACAGCAGACCAUGCCCAACGGACUGGGCAUGGGCGGGCAGCACCAUUACUUUGGGCUUUGGGUGGCCGCUGACUUUGGGAAAGGACACAGCAAAGCCAAGCCUACCUGCACCACCUACAACAGUCCCCAGCUGUCCGCCCAGGAGGACUUCCAGUUUGAUAAGAUGGAGGUGUGGGGGCUCGGGGACCACUUAGAGACCCAGCUGGUCAAGAACAAGAAGAGCAUCCUUGACUCGAAUCUUGAGGCCCAAUCCCUGUUGGAGAUCAGUGGGCGGGCUCGCCACAGUGAGGGACUGCGGGAAGUCCCUGAAGAUGACUGAGGCUCCUGAACCGUGGGCUUCCUGGAGCAAGGUCGGGGACUCCCUGAGAGAUGCAGCGCACACAGCGUCCAGAUUCCUCACUGCUGGGUAGGCAGAGCCCCUCAGAGACCCUCUGCCCUGACUCUGGCUUAACUUUAACACAGCCACAUCGCCACAUCCAGGCCGUCAUGGCUGUACUUAAUCAGACCACAGCCACACCAAGAAAAAUCCCUCUGAAGCCAUAAUUGGUGGGUGUCACCUCCCAGGAUCCCUGAGCAUAGGUUAGAACUUUGGCCUUAUACUUUGUUUGUUUUAUGUCAAUGGAAUCCAAAGACAGAGGCUUGAAACCUGCUGGAACGGGUGAUUGUCCGGGGGGCGGGGUAUGUAUUCUUGCUUCUGGGUCCCAGUGAGUGCCCUGAUGGCCCAUCGUGAGUGGGAAGACAGAGGUGCUCAGAUGGAUCUGAAGGUCAUGUUUCUGGGGCCAGGACUCUUAGAACAAGUGUGUGAUGGGGUUCCCAUCUAGCUUUUUCAACAUUUUUACAUGAGUCUGAUGAGCAAAUGGGAAAACUUGACCUGUCUGCCCAGGGACCAAGCCAUUACUGUGCUGCUAACUCAGACAUGAGGGCGUUUGGAGAGAGCCAAAGUCUGGGUGCUUGAUUAGUGGAUGCGUAAGAGCCACCCCUGAAGUCAGUGGUGGGUGAUGUCCAGUCUUGGCCGGGAGAGGCAGCCUCUAGGUCUCCUCUGAGGUCACAGCUCAGGGCUUCUCAGAAGGAUGAUAACUAAUGGAGCUGUGUAGACGGACUUUAGAAAGACUCCACUGAUCCGAGAGAUGGAAGAGUACCCAGGUGGGCAGGGUGCCCAUCACACUGAGUUAUUGCCACCCAGUGUCACCCACUCAGAGGAGCCCCGGGCCCCUCUCUGAGAUCUCUACCUCUUCUGUUUGCCUUUUUGCUGUAAACUUCAACUUUUACAGACCUGAUAAAGAGUCUACCUUUGAUUGUACAGUUUGCCUCAACUAAAAGCCAUAGAAAAGCCAGCUACGUGCAUUUUUCCAGCUCUGCAUUCUUGCCCAGGAAGCUCCUAGAAUACUCCAUGUAACCAUCUUGAGCACAACAGGAAGUCUGAGGCAUGUACCUUCCAAACAAAAGUGCUGUUUCUGUGCACGGGAGGGGUAGGUGUGUGGUGCAGAUGAGGGCUGGGCCAUUUUGGUUUUCUUGCUAGGAAGCCAGCUGUCAAUGGUAUGUGGGAUAGAGAGAAAAUACUGGAAGCUUCAGACAACCCCAUUGUAACCUCACAGAAUUAGGUCGCUGUGCUAUGGAGUGUUUUUAAUAAAAAUGUAGUUGUGUCUCUCGUUGGUAGCAGA